AUGGAUAUAUGACGAUUUUGUUUGGUUUCAUUUUCUAUUUCCAUGAUAUCAGCUGCAGAAUUUUUCCCUGAAUUUUUGGGAAAUCCAAACUGUCCUGCCUACACAUGCAAGACUAGCAGCCAGCAGUUUUUGAAUACCACAUGCAUAUUUUUUACCCCAACAGCCUCGACUCCUACAUAUUUUGUAAAUCCAUGCACAUCUUUGAAGCUGCCUUACUGUCAGCCUUCAACUGAAAGCAAUUCUACAUGUGGCGCUGCAAAUCCUACCCCACCAGUUAAUGCUUGGCCUGGAGAAAAAUGCUCAACGUCAGCUGACUGCAGUUCAUAUGCAAAUCAAGGGUGCGUUAAAAAUGUAUGUAUGGGAGCAAGCCAAGGCGACGAAUGCAAGGUAAAUGAUGACUGCAACCCUGGAUAUCGGUGCUUAGGAGGAAUUUGCCAAAUACAGAUCCCUGUAGGAGGCACAGGAUGCACUAAUGAUUAUGACUGUGUGAAUGGUGCAGGAUGCAAUAUUGCUAAAACUUCUUCAGAAAGUAUAUGCUACCCUUAUUAUUCAAUUGCGCAACACUUGCCGGUUAAUUCUUGCUCGUCAAGUAAUCAGUCUAUGCUGUGUAAUUCAGGGCUGUGUAUGGCAAAUAAUGAAGGAUUUGAGUGUAUGGCGCCUGUACAGUCAAGCAAAUUGCCAGCAGCAUGCCAAUUAGAUAGUGAUUGUCAGUCAACAAGAGAUGAUUAUUUUCCUAAUGGAUAUUUAACUGGGACUUGCUAUUGUGGGUAUAAUCCUAAUUCAGCGAGUUAUUGCUCACUUUUUGCAGGGGAUAAACCAAUGCUGCAGAUGAUGAGCUAUCUUAAAUCGUGGGUGCAGUCUAAAUUUAUCCUUAAAUGCAACACAAUGAGGAGAUUUACUCCUGCCUGUAUAAGUAAUUGGUGGAAUACUAAGGAUUACAACUAUUACAUGUAUUACUAUCUGUCAGCUUAUUAUUAUCCUUUAAUUACCAAUGGAGAAUCAUGUGUCCAGCAAGUAUAUUUACCUCAGUGGUGGGCUGCAAAGAAUGCAAUUUAG